AUGGCUCGUCAAUUUUUCGUCGGCGGCAACUUCAAGAUGAACGGGACUGUCCAGUCCGUCAAGAAGAUUGUCGACAACCUGAACGAGGCUACGCUAGACCCCAACACUGAGGUCGUCAUCGCCCCGCCUUCGCUGUACCUUUCGCUGGUGCGCGAGAAGCUUAGCGACAAGAUCGAGGUGGCAGCCCAGAAUGUCUACGACAAGCCGGACGGCGCGUUUACGGGUGAGAUCUCGGUGCACCAGCUGAUCGACUCCAACAUUACGUGGACCAUUUUGGGCCAUUCGGAGCGCCGCAGCCUGUUGGCCGAGUCGGACGCGGUCGUGACGUCCAAGACCAAGUACGCUAUCGCCAACGGCCUCAAGGUCAUCUGGUGCUGCGGCGAGUCGCUGGAGCAGCGCGAGAAGGGCGAGACCGUGGCUGUGGUGACGGGCCAGCUGGCGGCACUUAAGGCGAGCCUCGGCUCGGACGCGGCCGUGUGGAAGAACCUGGUGAUCGCAUACGAGCCCAUCUGGGCCAUCGGCACCGGCAAGGUGGCCACCACGGCACAGGCGCAGGAGGUCCACGUGGCCAUCCGCGGUUGGCUCAAGGAGAACGUCAGCGCCGAGGUCGCCGAGGCCACGCGCAUUCUGUAUGGCGGCAGCGUCAGCGAGAAGAACUGCAAGGACCUGGGCAAGCAGCCCGACAUCGACGGCUUCCUGGUCGGCGGUGCCAGCCUGAAGCCUGCCUUUGUUGAUAUUAUCAACAGCAACCUGUAG